AUGAAAUGCAAGGUAAUUUUUGGGUCGAAAACUGCAACAAUCCAGUUUUGAACAAAGGAUACUAAGCGGUUCACUUGGCUGAUAUUCUGAGUGCAGCAUAGCUCGAAGCAUAUUAUGCCAAACCGGUGGGAAAGAUGUAUUUCAACAGCAUCUGGGGAUUAUUGUGAACAAAUCGAACAUCUGCACCAUAAGUGACGUUUUUCUGAGAUACUGCAGAAGACAAUAGUUUAGGGUGUCAGAUCAAAACUUGAGGGUUGUGGAAGAAAUUCUGCAGCUUCGCUACGGUCAUUUGUAAUCGAGUCUUUGAUUGUGCACUUGUUUCAAGCUCCCACUUGGCUUGUCAGGCGCAAAAAUAUAGUAAACCAUCGAACCAUGGAAGAAAACUCAAGUUUAACCGAACAAGCACAAACCAGUGCAGCAAGUGGAUUUAUAAAUGGAUUGACAUUUUCCGUGAACUCGACAACGGACGUUUUGUUCGGCGAAUCACCAGAAUUCAAAACUUCCAAGUUAUUUUUGUAUUUCGUUAUUUUAGCGUUCAGUUCACUUGGCAAUGGACUUGUGUUUUGUUUAAUUUCUUGCAAUCGUCGGCUUCGGCGAGCUUCGUCGAACAGGUUGUUGUUAAAUCUGAGCGCAUGUGAUUUUCUUACGUCACUACUAAGCAUCCCUUUCGAUUUCGCUUUGGAGGAACGGGGCUACGUGUGGCCUUAUGGAUCGAUAAUGUGUCGAAUGUUGUGGCCUGCAUCAACAUUUACGGCUACAGCUUCUGCUUUGACCUUAGCUGGCAUUUCCUUAGACAGAUUUCGCCUUCUGAUGCACCCUUUUACGCCGCGUCUUACGAAAAGACAGAUAAAAGUUCUCAUCUCAGGCAUACAUAUGUUGUCAGCGGUUGUUGUCGUACCAUAUAUCAUUUUCUUAAAACUUGAAGACCACAAUUGUGUGGAAAUAUGGCCAAACUUCACCUCCAGACAAGUCUAUACAGUAGUUUUGUUCCUGGUACAGUACGCGCUGCCUCUCAGCUUUAUGACAACUGUAUACACAUUGGCGUUGACGAAAUUAUACAAAGUGACCAGUAACACGACUAAGAUGCGCAUGCGCUCUAGGGAAAAACUACGCCAAGAUGGCGCGAGCAACAACAACGCUGAGCGAGGGAGAGGGGUGGUUCGGAAACUAAGCUCCCGCGUGGCUUACAGCAUGAGGCGCGGUUUCGAGGUGGAGUCGAACGUGAGGGUGACAAAAUUGUUCAUUGCCAUUGUUGCAAUUUUCGCCGUCUUCAUGCUGCCCAAUCAGGUACUAUGGUUGUGGUCAGAUUUUGGUGGUGGAAACAAACAUCAGGAUUUGAACACGAUAAAGAUUAUCUGUUGGCUUUUUACGUAUACUAAUUGUGUCUGCAAUCCUGUCAUUUUUAUGAUAUUCUGUAAAGAGUUCCGAGCAGAGUUGGCAAAGAUUGCUAAGAAAUUGUGUCCGAACGGGCCCAGGCCCCAGCUCAGCAUAUCACGGUCGAGUGGGCCUCCUACCCAGUGUAUCCCUAUGAUAGAAUGCGUUUCUUCCCCCAACAAUUACCAGUCGCUAGACGAUAAAUGAAUUGACGAAAAAUGCCAUGACAGACGAUGUUAAGCAGUUCGACUUAAAGUAGUUCUUUCAGUAAAUUGUCAGAUUUUAGAGAUUUCAACACUGAAGCUUUAGACUUCCCCAGUAUAUGAGGACUCAUAGCGAAAUUGAAUUAGUCUGACAAGCUGUUGACAAAACGAAAAUUUCUUACCUGGGUUCGGAAACAAGAGAAAGAAAUUUGACCUCAAUGAACAACAGCUUUUUCAACCAUCAUAACCAAUUAUCUACAACGAGCCGACAAAAUGCAAGAAAAAUACAUGAAAUUGCACGAAUUUGAUGCCCGUACUUAAGCGGAAGCAAAAUUUUGGUACCGGAAAAUAACUGCUCUCAUAAACCGCUGAUGUGAUUGA